ACACGGUCAUAAUCAGUAUAAGUGAUAAACUCAAGCAACACUGGCGUGUCCGUACCACCGAUAUCGAAGGUUUCAGUCGCGGCUCAAAGAGUCAAUUAUCUUAUCUUGUCUGCAUGUUUGACACUAAACCCUUGCUCGGAGAAGAAGCUCCUUCCGUAUAUAAUACAACCCACCGGAGGAAGACCGUGUAUGCUGUCCUCAAGGCGGUAGCGGUGGCCAUUUUGGUUGUUUCGGCGUUGGUGUACUCAGGAAGCUCGAGCCAUAAGCCAGCUCCCAAUAAGAAGAACAUCAUAUUCAUGGUGACCGAUGGAAUGGGCCCUGCGUCGCUCUCUUUGGCCCGGUCUUUCAAGCAGUUCAGAGACGACUUGCCCAUCAACGAUAUUUUGGCUUUGGACAGACAUUUGAUAGGGUCGUCCAGAACUCGCUCUAGUUCGUCAUUGGUCACAGACUCAGCCGCUGGCGCCACUGCUUUCUCCUGUGGACUCAAGUCGUACAACGGGGCCAUCGGCGUCGACCCCAGCAAAAAUCCCUGUGGAACCAUUUUAGAGGCGUUGAAAUUACAAGGGUAUUUGACAGGAUUGGUGGUCACCACCAGAAUUACCGAUGCCACACCUGCCGCCUUUAGUUCUCAUGUGGACUAUCGUUUCCAAGAAGACUUGAUCGCCGAACAACAAUUGGGCGAAUAUCCAUUGGGAAGAAUGGUGGAUUUGAUUAUUGGAGGUGGCAGAUGCCACUUUUUACCAGCGUCUGUGGACGGAGGAUGCCGUGCUGACUCGAGAAACUUGAUCAAGGAGUACACUGAAAACGACAUUUGGUCGUACGUGGGAAACCGGCAACAGUUUGACGAGUUGGACGGCGGGAAAAAUGUUACUUUGCCGUUGUUGGGCUUAUUGGCUACUUCUGAUAUUCCUUACGACAUUGACAGAAACCCUAAACAAUAUCCUUCCUUGGCCGAACAAGUCAAGGUGGCGUUAACAGCCUUGUCCAAGGCCACCGAAGACUCUGACAAGGGGUUCUUUUUGUUGAUUGAAGGCUCUCGUAUUGAUCAUGCUGGUCAUCACAACGAUCCUCUGGCUCAGGUGAGAGAAGUUUUAGCUUAUGACGAAGCGUACAAGGAAGUAUUGAAGUUCAUCGAAGACUCGGACGUUGAAACUGUGGCUGUGUCCACCUCUGACCAUGAGACCGGUGGGCUUGUCACCUCCAGACAAGUAUCUCCUUCGUAUCCAGAUUACAUUUGGUAUCCCGAAGUGCUCUUGAAUUGUUCACAUUCGGGUGAGUUUUUGACAUCCAAGAUUGUUAGUUUCACCCGGUCAAACAGCGAUGCUAAAGUUGUUGAAGACUUCAUCACCAAAGAGAUUUUCCAGAAUGAUAUGGGAAUUCAAGACGCUACUGCCCAAGAGGUAAAGGAUGUUAAGGAGAAUCUCAGUACUCCGGGUCAGUUACUCUACGUUUUGAACAACAUGAUCUCAUUACGGUCUCAAACUGGAUGGACUACCCACGGCCAUUCAGCCGUUGAUGUCAACAUCUAUGGGGCAGUUUCCAACUUUGGAUCUAUCAAGACUCAAUUGUAUCAAUCGGCAGAAAAUGUCGGUCUUUUGGGUAAUCACGAGAACAUCGAGAUUGGUAAGUUUAUGGAAUCGGUUGCCGGAGUUGAUUUGAGUAAAAUCACCGAAUUGCUCAAGGAUACUAAACACCAUCCUUCUUCAGUUGAUGAAAUCAACGCCAAUUCAUUUGACCAAUAUCAUCAAACCCAAUAACUUGUUCAUGCAAAUAAAUUAAAUUGUUAAAUAACUCUAUAAAAUCAUUAGUUUUUCAUGCAGACAUAACGGUCUAAGGUAAAUCAGUCGACAACCAUUUGAAGAUUGGCAGAAUAGUCUUCUUUACACAUUUUAGCUCUUAAGCCUCUACCGUAUCUGUAAAAGGCAAAAGGAAUUAACAUCAUACCCAAGGAAACGAAUGCCAAUAACCAACUUGCCCAUUGUAAACCCAACUUGUUAUACAUCUGGGUAACAAACAAGGGAAAGGCAGCACCACCAGAUGAUCUAAGAAACACCUUGGUACCCAAGGCACUAGCAGCAAAUUUAUGGUAAGUAUCCAAAAUAUAGUUGUUCAAUGAGUAGUAAAGUAACACCAUACCGAACCCAAAGGCAAUACCAGAAGAUGCUGGACCUACCCAGAUUAUAUGCUUGUACGACGUGGCACCCAAGAUGAAUAACGAGAUGGCGGGGAAUGGUGCACCAAUCAUGGCACCCACCAAUCUAUCUUCUGGCUCUGGCUUUCUUCUCCUUAUCAUUUUAUUGUAAGAUUUUUCCAAUAAUGGAGUUACAAGCAAAGCAAGGAAAGCUCCAAUCAAAAUGGGGAUAUACAUCAAUCCCACCUUGGCGUCAUUGAAUCCAUAUAACUUACCAAAAAUAACUGGGUAGGCAAAGAAAAAUGCAUACAACAAGGCAUAAAUCAAGGCUAUGAAUGCACACACCAAAACCAAUACGGGUUCUUGAAUCACAAACUUCAUGGGACGGUAAAAUACCUCGUUCAACAAUUCGUUAAACGACAUUGGUCUUGCUUCCUGCUCAGUCAUGAUCUUUUCAUUUCCGGUUUCUUUUCUGAGCUUUUUGGCUCUUCUUUUCAAGAUUACGGGAGCAUAGGUUUCAGGAACGAGUGACACCGCAAUCCACAUAACACCAGCAAAUGCCAUGUUGACCCAGCACAUCAAAUCGUAUCUACUCGAAUAGACGCUGAUGAACCCAUUGACAAUACCUCCAAGUACGGGACCGGAAUAGGGACAGAAACUAAAGAAAGCAAUAGCCAAACCUCUGGUCUCAUUGUGGAUAUCACAAAUGGAAGCACCCACAAUCGUCAAGGCCGAAGAACUAAAGCACCCUUCCAAAAAUCUGCACACCAAGACGGUACCAAUAUUGGGAGCAAGAGCAACGGGGAUGUUGAAUAUCACAUAUAACAUGAAUGAAAAAAAGUACACUGGUCUUCUUCCAUACUGUUCAGAUAACGGGGCCCAAAGUAAGGGACCAACCGAGAAACCAAGAACCAUCAACGAAACUGCCAACGUUGACACUUCGGUGGAAACACCAAACUUCUCGUCGAUAAGUGGCAAACCACCUGCCAAACUCGAAGAUCCAUAUGCGGCCUGAAUCACCAAUAACGAAAAGAUAAGUGUGUAGAGAGUUCUUAUCUUUAAGCUCCAGUUAAGAGGGUUUUCAGGGUCGCGGUCCUUGAAGGUAACAAACUCGAUUUCCGGGUCGUACUCUUCAUGGUCUUCUUCCUUUUCAGAAAUAAUUGACUGACGUCUACCUAACGAAUGUAAGGUUUCCACCUUAACCAAACCAGUUUCUGUUUCCAACCGAUAUUCUUCUGGGAAAAUGGGAUUGGACACGGGAGGAGCAUUGAGAUCCUUAUCCGGGAUGUUGGAGGCAAUACCUUUAUCAUACAACGAUUGAUAUGUUUCUGUUCUAGUUUUGGUCAAGGUAUUGGGAUUAUUGGUGGGAGUUGUAUCUAGCGAUAACUCUGAGCGAGCAUCUGUGUUUGUUUCGGUCUUAUAGGCAAAAGGUUGAUUAUCAUCAUCUAGCUCUAAAGAGCUUGAAUUGUUAGAAUGGUAAGACAUGAUGAUAUUAGAAAACAGGUAAUAAAUGAAUAU